AUGGCGGGCGUGCGCAAGAGCUCUUGGGGUCUCUCGAUCUGCGGUGCCGCGCUCAUUGCGCCCACCUAUGUUCUCACGGCGGGCCACUGCGUCGACGACUCGAUCAACUACGUCGCGGUCGGCACGCGCUACAACAUUGGCGGCCUCGACGGCGAGCGCAUUCGCAUCAAGCGCAAGAUCAUGCACCCCGAGUACGUCGAGCUCUUUGACGCACCGUUCUUUGACUUUGCAAUUCUCGAGCUUGAGACGCCGUCGACGAUCAAGCCGAUCCGAGUUUCGUUCGACGACAGCCCCGUGGGCACCGUCGGCACAGUGCGUGGGUGGGGUCGCAUCAUGAACGGCGUCCUCGGGCCCCCGUCGCUCGUUCUCAAGCAAGUCGACGUCAAGAUCUGGGACAACGACAAGUGCAACGCGGCCAUCCAAGCGGCGAGCAAGGGCACGUACCCUCACAUUCGCAGCUCCAACGUAUGUGCUGGUGGCGUCCAAGACCAAGACGUAUGUCAAGGCGACUCGGGCGGUCCGCUGACGAUUGCGCAAAACGGCGAAGACGUUGUCGUUGGUGUCGUGAGCUGGGGCUACGAGUGUGGACACAGAGACACGCCAUUUGUCUACGCUCGCGUGUCCAAAGCCAAAGAUUUUAUCGCGCCGUAUCUGGCGAGAUAAUAAACUAUCCGCCACAGACUAAACUAUCCGU